CACAGACAGACAGACAGACAGCGUCAGUGUCCCAGACUCAGGGUGCGCAGUCGGCAAGAGAGGAUGCAAAGGAUGUGGCGUGCUGAGCGUGUGUCUCGUGGAAGCUGAAGCGGAGCAUCUGAGGCCGAGUUGGUUUCCUUCGCAAAAAAACGCCUGCGCAACAUGAGGUUGUGUGUGUGCGUGCCUGUCAGUCUCACACACACUCAGACAUAGACUGUACGUGUAGGCUGAAGUGGAGCCUAUGUCCAAAGAGGACUGCUGCGCUGGCAAAUAAUGCUGAUCACUGGACUACUACUGGAACUUGACACCUUUAGGACUCAGCAUCAACCACCACCAAGAGUUUAAACAGUAUCAUUACUCUUUUGUGCACUGACAUUGGCAAAUGGUGUGGAGGGGUUGGGAGGCCAAACCAUGGAUUAGGCUGUGUGUCCUGGCUCUGCUGCUCGUGGCACUGCCAGGAUGCCAGUCCUUCCUGCCCAACUUCUGGUCCCGGGUGCUGACCCUGUCCUGGGACUCCUACACGCACCAGUACAUGACUGAGCAGGCCAUCCUCAAUGUUACCAUGGAGACGCUGAAGGGUUUGCCAGGACAACACCACUCAGGCAACCAGAGACAUGAAGGACUGGGCCGAGGCUUCUGGCGAGCCAUCGGGGAGGUGGUCCGCGCCAACGCAGGGAUGGACUUCCUCAGUGACACGUGCUCUGACCCCGUCUACCACUUCGACUCGGAGCGCGUGGAUGCUGCCACAGAGAUGCUGCGAAAGUUCUGGAACAAUAGUGUGCUGUUGGUGAAGACCCGGGAGUAUCAGGGGGCUCGCCAAAACCUGGGCCAGCUCUUCCACUCACUGCAGGAUUUCUACAGUCACAGUAACUGGGUAGAAAUGGGACAGAAGACAAUCUACCAGCAUCUGUUGGACCCCAAAGCUCCUGCAAUACCAACAGCAUCAGAGGAUGUUUAUACCUGUGAAGAAUGCCACUCACCCACCUGUAAAAAUAAUAUCCUCAAAGUGAUGCUUAAUCCAAAGUUCCCUCUCCUUACUACUGGCUACUUCAGUGACUAUCCCAUCAAGCCACCAGGCAAGUGUAGUCACGGCGGGAUUCUAGACAGCAGUCGUCACCAGGGGGCCCGGGGGGGCAUCAACAAGGACAGCACGUCGCCCUUCUUCUCCCCCCACCACUAUUUACACGCCGAGGCCGCCAAGCUCGCAACCAUGGCGACGCUGUUGGUCUUGCGUGAUCUUCGGGACACAGUGGGGCCCACAAGCUUCUUAAGACUGUUCAGUGUACAGCCACCAGUGCUGGUGUUUGUGAUUGACACCACUGGCAGCAUGUUUGAGGAGAUCUCCGCCGCCCGCCUGCGGGCAGACUCCAUCAUCCGGGCCCGAGCGCAGGAGACUCGCCACGCCCUGCCAGGGACCUUCCUGUUGGUGCCAUUCCAUGACCCGGGAGUGGGCCCCGUGUAUGAGACUGAUGACCCGGACCAGUUUCUGCGCAACCUCAGGGAGCUUGUUGCACUGGGCGGAGGUGAUGAGCCUGAGAUGUGUUUCACAGCCAUCCAGUUGGCGCUAACAAAGAGCCCACCCUUGUCUGAAAUCUUUGUCUUCACUGACGCCUCUGCCAAGGACCAGCACCUUUACGACUCUGUGAAGGCUUUGACACUGGAGAAACAGAGCAAGGUGACAUUCCUGUUGACGGAGGACACCAAAAGAGCCAUGAGGAGGAAGAGGGAAACUUUAUCUCCCGACCGCUUCUCUCUCUACACCUCCCUGGCCUCAGUGUCUGGUGGAAUGACCAUCUUCACCUCUGAUAAAGACAUUGAGAAGGUCUCUACCAUCGUUCAGGAUACCAUAGCCACAGCCAGCAAGGUGACUCUGCUGCAUGCUGAGAGCCACGUGGACUCGGCCUGCUCCCACACUUUCCUGGUGGACAGGAGCAUGAGCAACAUCACGCUACACCUGGCUGGAGCUCUGACCGACUGCACACUCCACAGCCCUCAUGGUCACAGUCAGCCCCUGCUGGGGCCCCCGGGCCCCCUGGCGGAGCUCCAGCGUCUGCAGGGCCUGUACCGGGUGACACUGUUGCCCCCCAUCCAGCACGGGCAGUGGAACAUCACAGCCAAGGCUCAUGGAAAUGUCACUUUCAGCGUCAUCGGUGACAGCAGCUUGGACUUCCUCUAUUACCUUGCCACAGAGGCAAAUGAAACCCAUCCUGGACUGUCUCGAGUGGAAGGCAGCCCAGUAGCUGGUUUACCGGUGUUCUUGGUGCUGACCGUCACGGGCCUGUCCCCGACUCAUAGGCCCUCCUUCAGUCAUGUGACGCUGAUAGGUGCUGGGGGCAAGGGCCUGCAGAACGUGACGCUGAACUCCACGUCGUCCUCGUGGUCAUCGGAGCAGGAGCUGGUGGGCAGGAUAGAGGCCGUGCCACACACCCCCUUCUGUGUGCACCUGUUUGGCCGAGACGCUCACGGCAGCACGGUAGAGAGGGUCUCCUCAGAGAUGAUCCAGCCCACUCAUGUGCAGAUACAGGUCCUGUCCUCCUCUCGCCUGGUUCCUGGUCACAACACCAGUGUGGCAUUUGAGGUGUGGAACCAAGGCCCCGCCCGCAGUUUCUCCUUGUCUGCGGUGGACGACCAUGGCUACCUCUCACCCACAGGACCCUAUAGCUUCCACAUCAGUGAGAGGAGCUCCUUUAGCAGGGAGGUGGUGCUGAGAACCCCCAGGAAAGCUGCAGCGGGAGAGGCAGUCACCUUGACCCUGAUGGUGCGCGCACGGGACUCCGCAGACUCAAACUACGCCGUGCUCCACCUGACUGUUAUCCCACAGGACAACGACACUUGGCCUCCCUCCUGCUCAGCGAUGAUUGUGCACACGUACUGUCCAGAGCAGUGCUCCCUAGGCAACUGGAGCGUCUCUCUAGCUGUGAAGGACCGCGGCCACUCCGGCCUGGCUGCGGUCCAGCUCUCCCAGGGCGAGGGCACACUGCGGGUCCUCCACCACGGCGGCAGCAGCAAGGGCCAGCAUGGACGCCUGCCAGGGGAGUCUCGGGAGGAGGGUCACGUCUCACAGAGAGACCACAUGAUGGCGGGGGAGCCUCGUCUGAGCGUGACAUCCUGGGUCGGGGGGAGGCCCGUACGCCUAGGCUACGUGUCCACCUGCUGUGCCCCGACGGCAGAGUUGGUGGUGUGGGACAGGGCGGGAAAUAGCCGGAGCUGCCACCUGGCUGCCCGCCAGCAGAGCGCCAGCCCGGUAGAGACGAACAGGGCAGCGCGCCAGACAGGUCACCCAAACCAGGGCCUGGGUCUGGGUCUGCUUCUGAUCAGUCUGCUGGUAAUCAAUGUGUAAUCGCCCUGAAUAGGGCUAAUACCUCCACUAGCUUAAAUGCUAGUCAGAGGUGACUUUGCUGAUGAAGGAUGUAGUUGUUUUAGACUACUGGCUCCAAGGCUGCUCUGAUCCCCCUUUUGAGUCUUCACUGAAGCCGUAAUUAUGGCCCCAUUUGGGGGUUUGAGAACAGCAUUUGAGGUAAUGUUAGAUUCUUUUUUCUCUGUGAUGUAGUGAGUGUUUCUCAUGAACUAGGCCUACUGUAUAAGACAUUUCCCCCAAAUAAAUGAGUAGCAUUUGAGUGAAUGUUACAGGUGGACUUUGGGCAUGUAUAGGAGAAAAAAAUAAUAAUGCACUGAUUUAAAGGAGAAUAAAAGAAAAUCAGACUCAGGGAAGUUUGUGAUGUUUGGUUACAAUGUCACCGUGCUUAUUUUUUAUGAUUUCAUUUUCCAAAUAAACAAUUACUAAAACUA